GGACACCAAAACACCAUGUCUUCACAUAUGUUGUUUUCACUUACAUUCUUCCUUUGUUCUUGUUUCAUCAUUUCGAAUGGAGCUUCAAACCCGAAUUCAAUCUACAAAUCUUUCCUCCAGUGUCUUCCGGCACAAUCACCUCGACCCGACCCGUCAUUUUCCGCCAUCGUUUACAGCUCCGUGGCCAACUCAUCCUCGUACACAACCGUCCUACAAGAAUACAUCAAAAACCGUCGUUUAAACACGACUGCGACACCUAAACCCGCCAUCAUCAUUACCCCGACCAAAGAGUCCCACGUGCAAGCCGUGGUCCUAUGCGCUAAGAAACUCCGUGUCCAAAUCAAGAUUCGUAGUGGCGGACAUGACUACGAGGGAAUCUCGUAUGUCUCAUCCGAAAAAAACUUCAUCGUACUCGACAUGUUUAAUUUCCGUAAUGUCGAUGUUAACAUCGCCACCGAAACCACGGUUGUCCAAGCCGGGGCUCAGUUGGGCGAACUCUAUUAUCGGAUUUGGGAAAAGAGUAGAGUGCAUGGGUUCCCCGCCGGAGUCUGCCCGACAGUCGGGGUUGGCGGACAUUUAAGUGGAGGCGGCUACGGCACCAUGCUUCGAAAAUACGGGCUAUCAGUCGAUCACAUAAUCGAUGCUAAGAUUGUCGAUGUCAAAGGUCGAAUUUUGGACCGAAAAUCAAUGGGUGAGGAUCUUUUCUGGGCCAUUCGCGGGGGCGGGGGUGCAAGUUUUGGUGUCAUAAUAUCAUACACUAUCAAACUAGUUCCUGUCCCCGCGGUUAACACCGUGUUCAGGAUAAUGAAGACGGUCGCAGAAAAUGCGACCGACCUCGUUCAUAAAUGGCAGACAAUUGUGUCUGCCAUGAACAACAACUUAUUCAUCAGAAUUUUAUUACAACCGGUGACGGUUAAUCGCCAAAAAACACUCCGGGCGUCGUUUGUCGCCCAUUUCUUGGGCGAUUCAGCGACGCUGGUAGCGGAAAUGAACAAAAUCUUCCCAGAACUGGGACUAAAAAAACAAGAUUGUACAGAAGUAAGCUGGAUCCAGUCCAUACUUUACUGGGCAAACUUCGACAUCAACACGACCUCGAUCGACAUCCUCCUCAACCGCCAUUCGGACAACGUAAACUUCUUGAAACGAAAGUCUGAUUACGUACAAACCCCGAUAUCAAAAUCCGGUUUAACCUCCAUAUUUAACAAAAUGGUUGAACUUGGUAAAGUUGGUUUGGUUUUCAACUCGUACGGCGGGCGGAUGAACGAAAUCCCCGCAGACGCGACACCGUUCCCUCACCGAGCUGGAAACUUGUUCAAGAUCCAGUACUCGGUGAACUGGAACGAUGCCGAUCCAAAACUUGAACAAGACUACAUGAACCAGAGCCGGGUUUUGUACAAAUUCAUGGCGGAUUACGUAUCAAAAAAUCCGAGGAGUACGUUCUUGAAUUAUAGAGAUUUGGAUAUCGGUGUGAUGAGUGGAACCGGUAUAAAUGGUUACAACUCCGGUAGGGUUUAUGGGGAGAAGUAUUUCAUGGGGAACUUUGAUAGAUUGGUGAAAAUAAAGACUGCAGUUGAUCCAGAUAACUUUUUUAGGAAUGAACAAAGUAUUCCUGUUCUUCCUGGUAAGUCUAGGAAGAUGACGAAGUUAAACUAGAAUAUUUGUGUUCCUAAUUUUGUCUGUGCAUUUUAGGGAAACUAUUGUUUAUGUGAUUAUGUAUCAUUGUUUAUUGUUUUCAAGUGCAUGUAAAUUGAUUUUUGGAAUAAGAUUAUAAAGGCUUAAAAGGAUAUGUUUAGAAUUUU